CUCUGCACUACGCGAUUUAUACCCUUGCCUCCCUAAUUUCACAAUCUGCUUAGUAUUGUAAAAUGGCGGAUAUGCAAUCGAAAAUCCGUGAGCUAGAGCUCAAGAUCAACCAAAAUAAGAUGUAUCGUGAUAAAGCGAUGCAGAUGCGUCGCAUCAUACAAGAUAGAAACGCUCAGAUGCAGUGCGAUACUGAGAUCAAGGAAUAUCAAAAAUACAUCGAUUAUUUCUCAGAAGAAAUUCGCAAGCUCCGCCAAAAGCCGAGUCGUUCGUCUACACAAAGCAGUGACAGUGGCGUGGAAGCAGCUGCGGCUGCAUCAGCCUCAUCUCGGAAUCCAUCCAGUAGCCCAAUGGUAGCAAGUGCAGGCGUAAGCACAAACGCAGGAGUUGCCAAGGUUGAACCCGAAAAAAGGAAAUACAGUAACCUUGAUCUACUCAAAGCGGAUACCCCCUUUAACAAGGCUAAAGUCUCUCUUAAACUACAUGAACUGGAAUACAAAUUGGACGUUGAGAAAAAGGUAUUAGCAGGUAUCAAGAACAUGGCCUGGGCAGUUGAAAAGGACCCUUCUUCUACCGAUCGCCGGCGACGUGCUGAAGUUCAAGGUGAACUUUAUGAAAGUAAUGAAAAGCUCAAUCUAUUGAACAAGGCUGUGCGUAAAUACAAGAAUCUAUAUAUUGGAGAGAGCGACGAUGAUGAUGAUGAAUUGGAGACAGUCCCAGCUCUUCGUGGUGUACCUGGAAUGCGAAAGCCAUUGACGGGUAAACUGCAGCUACAAAUUUUGGAGGUUCGAGAACUAGCCCAUGCUCCUACAAGAACAUUCAGCAUGCCCGAAACUAUCGCCGUGGUCAAGAUUGACGGAAAUGUGGUGUUCCGAACACGUCCAUCUCGAUCUGACAAAUGGGCUGACCAGUGCGAAGUUAAUGUAAGCAAAGCCUCAGACGUAGAAAUCAGCAUCUACGAUCAAUCUGGUGAUCGAUCAAUGCCUGUGGGUAUCCUCUGGUUGAAAAUCUCUGAUAUCGUCGAUGGUCUCAGAAGACAAAAGAUCAUGCAAGAUAAUGGUCAAGGUUGGGUACCAGCCGAGAUUGCUCAACAGCAUGAUUCAGCCGGUAGCCAAUCCCCAAAUGCUCAAGCGAACAGGCAACCCACCUAUCGUGAACAAGGCAUUGGAGGCGCCAACGACAAAGGAAUUGAAGCAUGGUUUGAUGUUGAGCCCGUCGGUCAUAUUGCAUUGCGCAUCAAUUUUGUCCGUGAUACUACUGGUGAUCGACGUCCCCUCGAUAAGCUUGGUCGUGCAGGCGCCGUUCGUCAACGCAAGGAAGAGGUUCACGAAAUGAAUGGGCAUCAAUUUGUGGAAAAGAGCUUCUUCAACAUUAUGCGUUGUGCCUUGUGUGGCGAGUUUAUGGUCAACAGUGGAUAUCAAUGUGAAGACUGCGAUUACUCUUGCCACCGAAAGUGCUACACUAAAGUUGUUACCAAAUGUAUAUCUCGCUUGGACUCCGAAACUGAUCCUGACGAGGACAAGCUCAACCAUCGUAUUCCUCACAGAUUCGAACCAAUCACCAAUAUUGGAGCAAAUUGGUGCUGUCACUGUGGUUACAUGCUACCGCUUGGUUCUAAGGGAAGCAAAAAAUGUCAUGAGUGUGGUAUCACUUGCCAUACUAAGUGCGCUCAUUUGGUACCUGACUUCUGCGGUAUGUCUAUGGAAAUGGCAAAUCAAAUGCUUGCUGAAAUCAAGGCUGCCAAAAGGAGAACAACCGAAGGAACCGGCACACCGAAGCUUACAAAGGCAGAGCGACCAACUAGUGGAGGUUCCAGUACAUCACUAGGCGAUUCGCUUCACGGAAACAUGUCGCAAUUGUCCCUACAAAGUGGUCAUCAACAGCAACCCCAGUACCAGCAACCGUACCCUCAAGGCUCGAUGCAUAUGCCAGCAUCUAUGAGUCCUCAAGCUCCACAAUCUCAUGGUUCGCCUCAAAUGAGACCACCAGGGCAAUACAAUAUGCCACCUGAUUAUGGUAGACCUUAUAUGCCGCAACAACAGCAGAUGGGUCCUCCUCCUAUGCAGCAGAGAAUUCCUAGUCCAUCGCAGCCCCAAUCCUACGCCCCUAUUCCCAACACCGCUAUGAUGCCCAGACCCUAUCAACCUGGUCCUUCUCCUCAAAUGAGUCAACAAUUACAGCAGAAGCCGUACCCUGUUGCACCAAGAGUUAGCAGCAUUCCACAGCAACAACCGCCAGUGCCACCAAAGCAAGGCGUUUCUCCUUUGCAAGUUGGCCGUAAGGUCGGUUUGGAUGACUUUAAUUUCUUGGCUGUUCUCGGAAAGGGUAACUUUGGCAAGGUCAUGCUUGCGGAAGAAAAGUAUACUAGUGAGCUUUAUGCUAUCAAGGUUCUCAAAAAGCGAUUCAUCAUCGACAAUGAUGAGGUGGAAAGUACCCGUUCAGAGAAGCGAGUUUUCCAAGCUGCAAACAGAGAGCGUCAUCCUUUCUUGAUCGGUCUACACUCCUGUUUCCAAACAGAGACUCGUAUCUACUUUGUUAUGGACUACAUCAGUGGUGGUGAUUUGAUGUUGCACAUUCAACGUGAACAAUUCUCUGAAAGGAGAGCAAAGUUUUACGCUUGCGAAGUCUUGUUGGCCUUGGAGUAUUUCCAUAAGCAAGGCAUCAUAUAUCGUGAUCUCAAGUUGGACAAUAUUCUCUUGGGUUUGGACGGUCACAUCCGAAUUGCUGAUUAUGGUCUUUGUAAAGAAAAUAUGUGGUAUGGACAGACGACCGGCACUUUUUGCGGUACUCCUGAAUUCAUGGCUCCCGAAAUUCUCCUCGAGCAAAAGUAUGGAAGAGCUGUGGAUUGGUGGGCGUUUGGCGUUCUCAUUUAUGAAAUGUUGCUGGGUCAAUCCCCAUUCCGAGGAGAAGACGAAGACGAAAUUUUUGAUGCCAUUUUGGAAGAUGAAAUUUUGUAUCCUAUCAACAUGUCUCGCGACUCAGUUUCCAUUUGUCAAAAGCUUCUUAUCCGUGAUCCUCAAACUCGGUUAGGAUCAAGUCAAAUGGACGCUCAAGAUAUUAAGCAACAUGCAUUCUUCCGCGGCGUCAACUGGGAUGAUAUGCUGGCUAAACGUGUUCCUCCUCCUUUCUACCCGUCUAUCAAUGGCAGAGCUGACACUUCCAACUUUGACGAGGAAUUCACUCGCGAGAUACCUCAGAUCACUCCCGUUAACUCGACUCUUACCCGUCCUGAACAACAGGAAUUUGGCAACUUCUCAUACAUCGCCGAUUGGGUAAUCCAGGGUAAACGAUAGAUUAUAAGUACGCAUGCUCACUUCAAACCAUUAUUCACUAUUCGGCAAUGCGAUAACGUUGUAAUACCUGUGGGUGAUUAUACUAUAGGCGGACGCCCAAGUUCAAAUGAUUCUUGCGAAAAAUAAAUAAAUUUGCUCUUUCUUAUACACAAAGAUCGACGGUCACU